CCCCAUACAGAGAGCCCGUAGCAGCUUUUCUGUGUGAGAGAGACACACUCAGCCGACUGAGGAACAAUUCUACCAGUCUACUGCAACCUUCCCCUCUUCAACUUCUACAGAGGCCUGUGAGGUGACAUUUCAGCGCUAGUACCAUGUCUAACCCGGAGCCCGCAGCCCAGCCACCGCCCCAGGUGUCCCACCGCGGCCGCAGCGCCGCCCCCAUCGCCAGCUCCAAUGCAGAGGGGGAGGAGGUGCCUGAGUUCGAUUCCUUCGGCAUAAUUGGACCCCGAGGACCUCCUCCACUCAGGGAGUUCUUGGACAUCUGGGACGUGAACAUGCUGCGGAGGCCAGAUGAGGUCAAUACGCCACAGCACAGCACACACCUGUAUGCCAGUGACCACCUCAUCGUCCGUAGGGGCCAGGAGUUCCAGCUCAAGGUGACCUUUGACCGUCCUUACAAACCCUCCGAUGAUCAGUUUGCUGUGGAGUUCGUCAUUGGGGGCAGUCCCCAGUACAGUAAGGGCACCUACAUCCCCGUGUCUGUGGCCAAGGACCGCCAGAGCCCGUGGGCUGGCCGGGUGGUGGACAGCACCGACAACGUAGUCACAGUGGGCAUCACCCCCGCGCCAGACUGCAUUGUGGGAAAGUGGCGCACGUACGUGGCGGUGGUGACGCCCUACGGAAUCCGCAGGACCAGGAGGGACGAGAGUCGAGACCUCUACGUUCUCUUCAACGCCUGGGCAACAGGUGAUUCUGUGUUCCUGGAUGAUGCCGAUGAGAGGGAGGAGUGUGUUCUCAACGAGGUGGGGGUCAUCUACCACGGGGCAUAUGACGACAUGUCUGAGCGGCCCUGGAACUUUGGUCAGUUUGACUAUGGGGUGCUGGAUGCCUGUCUGUUCAUCAUGGAUAAAGCUGCCAUGCCCAUCACCAACCGGGGCGACGCCAUCAAAGUAGCCCGGAAGGCCUCCGCCAUGCUGAACUCUCAUGACGACGAUGGGGUGCUGGUGGGGAACUGGAGUGGUGAUUACACCUACGGAGUGGCACCCACCUCCUGGACAGGAAGCACUGAGAUCCUCCUCAACUACUCCAGCAGCAAGACACCUGUCUGCUACGCCCAGUGCUGGGUCUAUGCUGCCGUCUUCAACACCUUCCUGCGCUGUCUGGGCAUCCCCGCCAGGGUUGUCACCAACUUCUUCUCUGCCCACGACAACGACGGCAACCUGAAGACUGAUGUUAUCCUAGAUGAGAAUGGCAGAAUUGACAAGCACCGCACCAAGGACUCCAUCUGGAACUACCAUUGCUGGAACGAGUGCUACAUGAGCAGGCCGGACCUUCCUCAAGGGUUUGGGGGCUGGCAGGCUGUGGAUGCUACACCCCAGGAGACCAGCGAUGGGAUGUACAGGUGUGGUCCUGCAUCUGUCCAGGCCAUCAAACACGGACAGAUCUGCUUCCCGUUCGACGCACCAUUCCUGUUUGCUGAGGUGAACAGUGAUGUGGUGUUCUACUCACGGAACCCCAGAGACGGAACUCUGGAUCCGGUCAAGGUCAACAGCAGCCAUGUUGGCAGGAUGGUGGUGACCAAAGUGCCCGGCCAGGAUGCUCGCCGUGACAUCACUGAUCAGUACAAGUUCCCUGAGGGUAGUCCCGAGGAGCGCACGGUGCUGGAGAAGGCAGAGGAGUACGGCUGUCAUCGUGAGAAGGCCACCCCUCCGGAGGCUGACGUGGAGCUAGACAUGCCCCUGAUGGAGGUGAGGGUGGGGGAUGACUUUGAGCUGAAGCUGGAGUUCAACAACACGAGUGACCAGGCACGUACCGUGGACGUGUACGUCAGUGGCAAUGUGGUGUAUUACACUGGAGUCACCAGCUCUGAGUUCCUCUUCAAAACACCUAGAGUGAUUCUGGAUCCCAAGAAAGCUGAGAAGCAGGUGAUGGAGGUGCGUUCCCAGGACUACAUGAGAAAGCUGGUGGAGCAGGCCAACCUCCACUUCAUCGCCACCGGGAAGGUCAAGGAGACCGGCCAGAUCAUCACCAGCAUGAGGGUCGUCACCCUACACACCCCCAAACUCUCUGUAGAGGUGUCUGGUCUGGCCAAGGUGAGUGAGGAGAUGAUGGUGACCGUGGAGUUCACAAACCCAUUCAAGUUUAAUCUGGAGGAUGUGUAUGUUCGUGUGGAGGGGCCAGGAGUCAUGCCACCCAAGUAUAAACAUUACAGUCUGAUCACGGCAGGCUCGUCCCUGACGUGGACCGAGGGUGUCACCCCCCGUAGGGCGGGGCCAACUAAGCUGAUGGCCAGUCUGGACUGUGCUGCCCUCAGACAGGUGUACGGACAGGCCCAGCUCACCGUCAAGCCCUGAGCAACACAGGAGACAACACAUCUACAGCCCUGUUACAGCCUUGUUACAGCCCAACUAGCAACAGUUUAGAGAUUAGGGGCUCUAUUCAAUCCGCAUCUCGGAAAUUCAGCUUUACUGCGUGAUUAAAAUUUAAAGGCAAUGUUACCCUUUUAGUGGAGUCUGCAAUCACGUUAAACGCUGCAUGUCGGCUCAAUCGGAAAUGACCUUAUCGCGGAAUCUAUAUCGCUUCAGCAAUACAGAUUGAAUAGAGCUCUAGGGUUGAAUUGUUGCUUUUGUUAACUUUAGUACACUGAUCAUGUAGCUUCACAAAAUAUAUAUAUUUUCUAACUCUGCAACAUUUACUGUAAUUCAAUGCAGUUGUUUUGUUUUCACAUGACUUCUAUAGCCUUCAAGUAAAAGACAACUACAUCAUACAUGUAGCUACUAUAACCCAUUUACCAACAGUUUAGAGAUGGGGUUGCUUUGUUGUUAAAUAUGAGUGAAUGCAUCUAUGGUCAUGUUGUUUCACAAAAUAGAACUACAGUAUGUAAUGCAAUGACGUUAAGGACAAGUUAAGUGUCAUUGUUUUGUUUUUACUUUUGACUUCUAGCACAACAUGUUUUAUAUCACGCAAAUAAAAUAAUACACGAUGG